UCUCCUUACGUUCAUAACUUCUUCUCUCUUUCAUAUCUUCUUCUCUGUUUCAUAACUUUAUAUCUCUUUUUUUUAAAUUCAAAAUAGUUUCUUCUUCUCAUUAUCAUUACCAUAAAGGUGAUGAUGAUGAAUUUGAUACCGUAUUUGAUGAUAUAUUUGAAGAUCCUGAUCCUAUUCCCGAACCAAAAGAGCGAAAAACGUAUUUUUAUCGAGAGAAACCGGGAAGAAGGCCACAACAACCUUUGGAAUGAUUAUUUUAGCGACACUCCAACAUACCCGCACAAUUUGUUCCGGCGACGAUUUCGAAUGAACAAGUCAUUGUUCUUUUCUCUCUACUGAAGUUGAGUAUUUUCAACCCAAAGAAGAUGCAACCGGACGGUCUCGUAUAUCUCCUCUCCAGAAAUGUACCGCAGCAAUUCGUCAAUUGGCGAAUGGUGGUGGAGCUGAUCCCGUAGACGAAUAUGUAAGACUUGGUGAAACAACAUCUCGAAAAUGUUUGCACCAUUUUUCCGCCGGAAUAAUCCACUUGUUUGGCGAUGAAUACCUCAGACGUCCCACACCGGAGGAUCUUCAGAGACUACUCCAUGAUGGUGAACAACAGGGAUUUUCCGGGAUGGUUGGAAGCAUCGACUGUAUGCAUUGGGAGUGGAAGAAUUGCCCCACUGCCUGGAAAUGAAUGUAUUCACGAGGAACCGGAAAACCAACAAUUGUGUUGGAGGCCGUUGCUUCAUAUGACCUCUGGAUAUGACACGCUUUUUUUGGAGCUCCAGGUACUUUGAACGAUCUUAAUAUUCUGGAUAGAUCACCUGUUUUUGAUGACAUUAUUAACGGGAAAGCUCCCCAAGUAAAAGUCUAUGUCAACGGAAGGGAAUACAAUUUGGCGUACUAUCUGACAGAUGGUAUCUAUCCAAAAUGGGCAACUUGUAUUCAAUAUAUACGACUGCCACAGGGUGCGAAAAAUUCUUUAUUUGCUAAAACCCAAGAAUCCGUUCGAAAAGAUGUCGAGCGUGCCUUUGGGGUCCUGCAAGCUAGGUUCGCCGUUGUUAGAAAUCCUUCUAAUUUAUGGGAUAAAAACAAAAUAUCGAAUAUUAUGAGAGCAUGUCUCAUAGUCCAUAAUAUGAUUGUCCAAGAUGAACGGAACUCAAACACUCUUGAAGAAUUUCAAGAUGAGGAUUUUACAUAUACCGUCAAAAAAGCUACAAAACCCGGCAAUAUAAUUGCUCGUCGUAAAGAAGUUCGGGAUCCACAUAUCCAUCAACAAUUAAAAAAAGAUUUGAUUGAAAAUAUAUGGGAUAAAUUUGGACAUCUUCCAUAUAUGUUAUUUGCUUUCCAUGAAUUAAAUAAAAUGUUUGUCUGAUUUUAUUUAUGAUUUUUGUAAAAAAAAAAUUCACAACUUUGUAAUUUUCCUUAUGUUUUUAAUUUUAAUGUUAUAUGUAUUUUUAUUUUAAACUUCUCUUUUUAAUGUCAUUAAUUAUUAAAAUAAUUUGUCAUUAAUUAUUAAAAAAAUUAAUUAAUUUACUAAGGGACUUUCUAAAGUCCCACCAAUAAUCUAAUUUUUGAGGGAAAAUCCUUAACUCCAAAUUAAUCAUAAAGUAUUCUAAGGACAUAAAAUCAAUUCCCACCUAUAAUGUUGCUCUUAGGAUAGGGUUAUUAGCGGAAUAUAAGAACCUGUCUCUUAACUUUUAACUAAAAAAGCUAAGAACCGGCUCUUAAAUAAGAGAUUUAAGAACCGGUUCUUAAUUUUUUUAGUUAAAAGUUAAGAGACGGGUUCUUAUAUUCCGAUAAUAACCACAGCUUAAGAACUUCCCAUUAAUCAUGGUCCAGGUGAGUUUUUUUACAUCCUAAAAUAAAAGUGUUUAAAUUUCUAUAACGUAAUCUUUAUAUAAUAUAUAUAUAUAGUAUUAUAAAAUCUCAACUAAAUUGAUUAUAGCUAAGAUGAAAUGUCAAAAAUAAAAGUCAUAAGAUGUUGGGUUAAAAAAGUGACAUAACAACGACUGUGUGUUGGUGUUUCAUAGAAUAUUAAUAUGUUGGUGUUUUAAAUGACUACACAUAUCCUUUUAACUAAGCUUUUGUCAUUUCUUUUAAUUCAAAUAACUACACCAAUUAGAACGUUCUUAUUAGCACAUAUAACCUAUUUAGCAAUAACAAGAGAAUGAUUGCAUGUAUUCAUCUUCUUGUUUUUUGGGGGGUGAGUGGCAACACCACCACCACGCAUCACCAGACACGUUGUUAAAGAAAAUAGAAAACCGCUAAAAAGGAGAAGAAAAAAAAAACAGAUAUCAAAGAUCAAUUCUUAUUUCUGGAAAUCAAACCUCUAUGGAUUUGUUUCUUAAGAUCAGACAUAUAAAUUCAACUUUUUCAAGAUCUUCACCAUCAUUCUUGAUCGCAGAUUAAUGGCUGAUUAAAAGGAUCAUUACACAUAAACAUGACUUCAUCUGGGAGGAGAAGCAUAAGACGAGGCUCAUCAGCCUCCAAGAAACCGGUUCUCCACACCCAAGAAAGCGGAAACAGUAGCUUUAACGAAACCACCUCCCCUAAACCCGGUUCACCUCUCCCUGAACCGGUUUCCGACAUCGAAAGAACCGUCAAGAAGCUACGCCUAUCCAAAGCCCUCACCAUCCCCGAGGGAACAACCGUCUUCGACGCAUGUCGAAGAAUGGCCUCUCGCCGCGUCGACGCUGUCCUUCUCACCGACACAAGCGCUCUCCUCUCGGGCAUCGUCACCGACAAGGACAUAGCAACAAGAGUGAUCGCAGAAGGGCUAAGACCAGAACACACUCUAGUCUCCAAAGUCAUGACGAGAAACCCUAUCUUCGUCACGUCAGACUCCCUCGCCAUACAAGCCCUCGAGAAGAUGGUCCAAGGCAAGUUCAGACACUUACCAGUAGUAGAAAACGGCGAAGUCAUCGCUAUUCUAGACAUAACAAAAUGUCUGUACGACGCCAUCUCUCGCAUGGAGAAAGCAGCAGAUCAAGGAAGCGCCUUAGCUGCUGCUUAUCCAUUCAUCGAAACGUUGAGAGACCAUAUGUUCAAACCAGCCUUAUCCACAAUCAUCACAGAACACUCGAAAGUAGCACUCGCCUCUCCCUCGGAUCCCGUCUUCGUAGCUUCGAAAAAAAUGCGUGACCUAAAAGUUAACUCAGUGAUCAUUUCCGUGGGGAACAAGAUACUCGGCAUACUAACGUCAAAAGACAUUUUAAUGAGAGUCGUGGCGCAGAAUCUCUCCCCCGAGCUAACGCUCGUCGAGAAAGUAAUGACGCCAAGCCCCGAAUGUGCGUCUAUGGAGACAACGAUCGUCGACGCGUUACACAUCAUGCACGACGGUAAGUUUCUGCACCUUCCGGUUCUAGACAAAGACGGAUACGCGGCAGCAUGCGUCGACGUGCUGCAGAUAACACACGCGGCUAUCUCCACCGUUGAGAACAGCUCCGGAGCGGUUAACGAUAUGAUGCAAAAGUUUUGGGACUCGGCUCUCACGUUGGAGCAGCAUCCACCUGAGGAUUACGAGACGCAUAGCGAUGUGUCGGCGACGUUGUUGAACUCGGAGGGAGGAGGAGGAGGGAAGUUACAGUCUCAAGGGAGUAGUGUGAUGAGUUUGUUUGCGUUUAAGUUUGAAGACCGUAAAGGGAGAGUGCAUAGGUUUAACGCGACGGGGGAGAGUUUUGAGGAGGUGGUGAGUGGUGUGAUGGAAGGGUGUGAUGAGGUUGUGGAUUCAGUGGGGGUGCAGAUAAUGUACGAAGAUGAUGAAGGCGAUAGGGUUUUGAUAAGUGGGGAUAGUGAUGUUGUUGCUGCUGUUGGUUUUGCUAGGUCUUUGGGGAGAAAGGUUUUGAGGUUGCAUUUGGAUUUUGGUGAGAUGGUGUGUGUUGAGAUGGUUAAAGAUUUGUCUGAGGGGAGUUGUGGUGGUGUAGGUAGGGGUUUGGUUUGUUGGAGGAGUGGUGUUGUGGCUGGGGUUAUUGUCUUGACGAGUAUAGUUUUUUUUGUUUUCUUGAAACGUUCCAAGAAGUGAUAUGUUAAUGCUUCUUGUCCUUUUUGAAUUUUGGUCCCAUGAACUUUGUAAAGCAAUUAUAAAACUUGUUCCUGGAUAAAAACACAUGAUAGCUAGGUUUUCAAUUAUAAAAAUUGUUUUUCUUUUA